AUGUCCAAGCAAAAUCAUGACGUUCCGUUAGCUCACCUGGUGCAUGACAAGCCAUUUAGUCAUCUGAACUGCUCCCCCUCACACCAAGGCACAGCUGAGCAGCUGCCCAACGUCCCCAGCUACUACAUCACUGCUGCCUCCCGCAUACCUGUCCUUGUCGCCAGAAAGCAAAAGGCUGGGGUGAUAAACUCCAGUUUUCUGAAGGAAGAUGCCUCCCUCUCUCACACACGGGGACGACCAUCAGGGAGCUAUCCCACUGUGAACAUCAACAUGGAUUCUAAGAAUUGCUCUUCAGGGUUGCCAGUACUUGCCCGGUAUGCUCAAACCUUGCCUCCAAGGAAAUCCCAAAGCCUUGCAGUGCCUGUCAUAGCCAUGGCUGCCAAGAGGAGGAAAUGUUUCUCCCAAGAGGACAAUGUGAAGGAGCUGAGAGCGCCAUCUCCAAUCCAGUCCCCAGUCAAAGCUUGGCCAAACCAGUUCAGUCCACAGAGAGAACCCCAUAGUUUGCCAGAACGCAGCAGCUCAACAGCAAGCCAAAACAGUGCAGUUAUCAAUGACCGUCUGCAAGAACUGGUGCGACUCUUCAAGGACCGAACAGAGAAAGUGAAAGAGAAACUGAUUGACCCAGAUGCUUCCUCUGAUGAGGAAAGCCCAGUGGCAUCACCUUCUAAAGAAAAACCUGCAGAGGUAAAAAGGGAAGAAGUUAAGAAAGAUGAGAAAGUGCCUCGUCCCUUCUGUGUGAAAAAAAUGGACUUCCCCAGCAGCAUUGACCCUCUUACCAAUCUGAUGUACGUCUUCUGGCUCUUCAUUGUGGUUAUGGCAUGGAAUUGGAACUGCUGGCUGAUUCCAGUCCGCUGGGCUUUCCCAUAUCAAACACCUGGAAAUGUUUAUUACUGGAUGACUGUGGACUACCUGUGUGACCUCAUCUACCUUCUGGACAUCACCAUCUUUCAAGUCCGCCUGCAGUUUGUCCAAAGAGGAGAUAUCAUAACUGAUAAAAAGGCCAUGAGAAAGAAGUACCUGAAGUCACGCCGUUUCAAGAUGGAUGUAAUCUGCCUUCUUCCACUGGAUUUCCUUUACUUCAAAGUUGGUGUGCAUUCUCUCUUGCGUUUGCCUCGCUGUUUAAAGUACAUGGCCUUCUUUGAGUUUAACAAUCGGCUUGAAUCUAUUCUGAGCAAGGCAUAUGUUUACAGAGUGAUAAGGAUCACAGCCUACUUGCUAUUCAGCUUACAUGUGAAUGCCUGUUUAUAUUACUGGGCAUCCUCUUCCCAAGGACUGGGGUCUACUGCAUGGGCCUACAACGGAAAAGGAAACAGUUAUAUCCGCUGUUAUUACUGGGCUGUCAAGACUUUAAUAACAAUUGGAGGACUCCCAGACCCACACACCCUCUUUGAGAUCAUCUUUCAGCUGCUCAAUUACUUCACAGGCGUCUUUGCUUUCUCCGUUAUGAUUGGCCAGAUGAGAGAUGUUGUUGGGGCUGCCACUGCUGGGCAAACAUACUAUCGGAGCUGUAUGGACAACACGGCAAAAUAUAUGACUUUGUACAAAAUCCCCCGUUCUGUUCAGAAUAGAGUCAAAACGUGGUAUGAAUACACCUGGCACUCUCAAGGCAUGCUGGAUGAAUCAGAGCUGCUGAUGCAGUUACCAGACAAGAUGAAGUUGGACAUUGCUGUUGAUGUGAACUAUGACAUUGUUAGCAAGGUGCCACUGUUUCAGGGCUGCGAUCGGCAAAUGAUUUUUGACAUGCUGAAGAGGCUUAGAUCGGUGGUGUAUUUGCCUAAUGACUAUGUGUGCAAGAAGGGGGAAAUUGGCCGAGAGAUGUACAUCAUUCAAGCUGGGCAAGUCCAGGUGCUUGGAGGACCUGAUGGGAAGACGGUGCUUGUGAUGUUGAAAGCAGGAUCUGUCUUUGGAGAAAUAAGCUUACUAGCUGUGGGAGGUGGAAAUCGGCGCACAGCCAAUGUUGUCGCUCAUGGAUUUACAAACCUUUUCAUUUUGGACAAAAAAGAUUUGAAUGAAAUUUUAGUGCAUUAUCCUGAGUCUCAGAAGCUCCUAAGGAAGAAGGCCAGGAGAAUGUUGAAAAACAACAGCAAGCCAAAGGAUGAAAAAGGCAGAGCAAAGGACAUUCUCGUUAUUCCCCCAAGAGCUGGGACGCCUAAGCUCUUCCAUGCUGCCCUAUUUGCUGCAGGAAGGAUGGGAGGCAAAGGACGGUUGGCUCAUAUCAGAUGGAAACUGAAAGAGCUGAAGGCAAUGCAGGCUGUCAGUUCCACUCCAGUUCUACCUAAAUCAUCAGGCAGUCAUACCUCAUCAGCUGGUUCCCAGAAAUUGGAUUACUGCAGAAUGGAGAAGAUUGUUCGAAAGUGUUCAGAUGACUCUGUUAUGGUUUGCAUGAGUCCAACACCUAAAGAUAAUGAACAGAUUCCCUCUGUAGAGAUUCUAGACAAGGAUGAAACUAUGAAGAAAACUCCAUCUAACUAAUCACCUGAGGACGCUGUCAUAAACUAUAGCCUGAGGAAGGCACUUCUGUGACUAUGGUUCACUGCAGGAGCAAAUAGGCUUCAGCCAUUCACAAUGUAGCCUCCAGUGUUGUACAAUUAGAACAAAAGAUAGCUGCAAAUUAAUCUCUUUUUACAAUAGCCUAGAAUCUUUUGCAUUCAGUUUUACUGAGCAUAAGAAGAAUUGCAGCUAAAAUCACAGGGAAUAUUCAGCCUUACAGUAAGGAAGCCUUGCAAUAAUCAGCAUUGGCUUACAUGAAAUAAUACUGGAUUUGCAAAGGUUCUAAAUGUUCAGUGAAUAUUUGUUUGCAUAAAAUAUCCAUGUAGUUUUUUCCAUUUCUAAUGUCUUCCCCAUUUUAACAAGGGGGUCAGAAAUCAAUAAAAAGAGGUGAUCAAGAAGAAUAGGUUUGAAAGUUAGCCUCCCAUAGGAAGGCGCCCCCCAACAUUAUUAGGUAAUUUGUUCAAGUGCAGAUAGGGGGUUAAUAAUGCCAAUCUACUUUGCUGAGGUUCAGAAGUCAUUGCCUUUUGUGCUAGGUUUGAGGGAUGUGGCAAAAAUGGUACUCCUGACUCUGGCUGAUCUUUUUGUCAAACAUGAAAAGAAGAAAAUGUGGUAAGUUUAAUGCUGAAAUCUGUAUUUAUUUGGUAGACGGCUGGAUUUCUGUAUCGAACUGAUUCAUUGCAGUCCCAGGAAAAUCUACACAUUAUUUGCUUGGUCUGUCCCCAGCAGUAAUAGGGGUUUAGCCUUGUCCUACUAAACUGGCAUUAUUUUCUCUUAUUUCUGUUAGCCCGAAUGACUUGGAGUUCUUGUGU